GAUUUUCGGUUUUAGUGAAGAGUCAGAGAUAUGUGGUUACGAAAGCUUCGAUUGAAAUGACGCAAACACCUUCUUCCGUUGUAGUCAUUUCAUCUAGUAAGCAGCAGAAGGGUCCCAUCAUCGUGAUUGAUAAUUACGACAGCUUCACCUACAAUCUCUGCCAGUAUAUGGGAGAGCUAGGAUGCCAUUUUGAAGUUUACCGCAAUGAUGAACUUACAGUAGAGGAGCUCAAAAGCAAAAAUCCAAGAGGAGUUAUGAUUUCUCCCGGGCCUGGUACCCCACAAGGCUCUGGGAUUUCCUUACAAACUGUUUUGGAACUCGGACCACAUGUUCCUCUGUUUGGAGUAUGUAUGGGUUUGCAGUGUAUUGGAGAAGCAUUUGGAGGGAAGAUAUUGCGGUCACCGUUUGGUGUUAUGCAUGGGAAAAGCUCCAUGGUUCACUAUGAUGAGAAAGGAGAAGAAGGCUUGUUCUCCGGUUUAUCCAACCCUUUUCUUGUAGGUAGAUAUCACAGCCUAGUGAUUGAGAAAGAUACGUUUCCCAGUGAUGAACUAGAGGUUACUGCAUGGACAGAAGAUGGUUUGGUUAUGGCGGCAAGACACAGGAAGCACAAGCACAUACAGGGAGUACAGUUUCAUCCGGAGAGUAUUAUAACCACUGAAGGCAUGACAAUUGUUCGCAAUUUCAUCAAACUUGUAGAGAAAAAAGAGGCUGGGAAGUUGGCUUUGGGCUUUCCUCAGUCAGAAGACAUUAUUAAGUUGUGCACCU